AUGUCUUCCAGUCAGCAAUGGAGAACUAUAUUAGCUACGGCUGUUUUUACAGCCGCAGCUACUAAAGUCAUUGACAAUGCAUAUCAAUAUUACAAGGCAAAGAAUGAUGGUACGCCGUCUAAAGGGAAGUCUAGCGCCCGGAAAAUGGAAAUUAGUGAUUCCGAUUUUGAUGAAGGACUGAUUCGGGAACAGCUUGCCCGAAACUAUGCCUUUUUGGGUGAAGAGGCCAUGGAAAAGUUGAAGUGCCAAUCUAUUGUAGUGGUGGGUGCCGGUGGUGUAGGAUCGUGGGUAGUCACCAUGCUUGUCAGAUCCGGGAUUUAUAAAAUUAAGGUGAUUGAUUUUGAUCAGGUCUCAUUGAGUUCUCUGAACAGACAUAGCUGCGCUACCUUGAAUGAUGUAGGGACUUCAAAGGUUGGGUGUCUGAAAAAUCACUUAAUGAAGAUUGCACCUUGGUGUCAGGUAGAUACGGUGAACGAAUUGUGGAACAAAGAAAAUGCGAACCGACUGAUUUUUGGUGAAGAUGGCAGGGAAAAACCAACUUUUGUUAUUGACUGCAUUGAUAACAUUGACACGAAGGUGGACUUAUUAGAAUUUGUCUACCGCAAUGAAAUACCAGUAAUAUCAUCAAUGGGAGCUGCAACUAAAAGUGAUCCCACACGCAUUAACGUCGGGGAUUUGACCACAACUGAGGAGGACCCACUUGCACGCUCCGUUAGGAGGCGUUUGAAGUUAAGAGGUAUCAAUAAAGGGAUUCCUGUUGUGUUCAGUGCAGAAAAGCCAGAUCCCAGAAAGGCUUCUCUCCUCCCGCUUCCGGAGCAAGAAUUUCAGAAAGGGAAAGUAGAUGAACUAAGUGCAUUAAGGGAUUUUCGAGUCCGUAUUUUACCAGUGUUAGGUACUAUGCCCGGUGCAUUUGGGUUAGCAAUUGCCACUUGGGUCCUCACAAAAAUCUCCGGUUAUCCAAUGGAACCCAUAGAAGGCAAGAACAGAAUCAAAGUGUACGAUGGCAUAUACCAAUCAUUAGCAGGACAAAUGUCUCGCAUUGGCAUGCCUGAUCAACGCGUUCCCGUAGCUCUUAAGGAUAUUGGCUAUCUAUGCGAAGAGGUUUUCCGAGGGAAGUCACCUAUCAGCGGCUUUUCCACAAGGCUCACACUCUCUAAAUGGGAUCCUUCGCUACCUGUCUCUUUACAAAAUGUCAUUUUAAUGACCAAAGAGGAACAGAAAGAACAUGAAGAGCGCGUACUUAAUGGAGGGGAGAAAAUCACUGAUGUUUAUGCACAAGAGGUGCUAGACUUAGUAGCAAAGAGGCUCGAAGAAGAGAAAUAUUACUCCAAGUAUAGAUAA